CAGCUGAUGCCGAAGAUAUUUUGAAUAUUCUAAUCUGCUGUUUAGAUUUUUGCAAGACAUCUGUUCUUAAGAACUGAUCACAAUGGCACACAAUGAAAGUACUCUUCGCGCGUUUGCUGUAUCUUCCUCAGUAUGAAAUGUAGACGUACCAUUCAUGGCAACUGACAAAGUAUUUACGAUCCGAAAUUUUGAGGGAGAAAGGCGAGUUAUUCCGUUGCCAAUUCAGACAUACUUCUGGCGGCAAACAAGUCGUUUGAGAGAAUAAUUUGUGAAAACCGAGUUCAAGAUCUACAGCCCAGUUUAGCCAGUGCUGUGAAGAGCAUAAACAGAUGGCACCUUAUACAGUCAUCAGUGCCUUACAUCCUUCAGUGCUGCUCCUUGCUUCUUUCAAACAGGGGGCGUCUGGGAAAUAUUGAUAGACUUGGUAACGCAGAACGUGAACUCUUGUUCACACUUCACUGGAUUUUGCUAGAAGGACCUCGUGUUUGCUGUGUUGUGGACACUGAUAGCUUGCUCUAUCCUCUGACCACCAUCGAGCAGUUUGUGCAUGAGCUCACACCUCAUGUGUACCACAUGCGAGAGAGCGACUUGACAUUUAGACUAGAAAAUGGAGUGGCCAUUUGGGGACCCCUUUGGAAACACGAGAAGCCAUUGAUAACGCCAUUUACAUGUGAAGUUAUAUCAAAAGAUGCUCACGCUGAAAAUGACGAAAAAGGAAGUCAGUCCAGUUCUACAGAUCAGAGCACAUCAGCUGACUCAAAUUCAGAGUUUUCACCAGCCACCUUUUUCGAUGUUGCUGUUUUGAAGUGUUUGUUGUCAACUGGCUGGGAUGAAAAUGGUGUCGUUUGGGCACUGCGUUAUCUCACUGCUUACCUCAAGAGAGAAUUCAACCUUUGUGAUCAAGCAACAAGCAGCGGGGCAUCAGGAGAGAUCAGAAGUGAAAUUUCUGCUCAGGGGCCCACAGUUUUAACAGUAAAUCCGGGCAUCAGUGGGGAAGGAAGUUUAGUCCAAGGUAAAAACAGUGUAAAACCAGAUGGAGCAGAAGUGGAGAAGAUCAACAAAGAAGGUAAUGCACAAAGUGGAAGAUUGGGCAGCCAAAGUGCAGCCAACGCGUCUUCAACUGUCACUAACAGUGUACAACUCACAGUUCCUCAAAGUGUAACAACCGAGCCUAGUGGAGAAUCACAGUCGGAUAACCAGAGCACUUUAAAGAUUCCAGAUGGUUCUGAUGAAGAAAGAUCAGCAGCCCAAGGAAUAGAGCGCACAGGCUCCAUAAGGUUGAGAAUAAGGGUGCAAUCAUCCCCAGGGGGCGCAGCAGGGGGACGAGUGUUGACAGCCGUACCCUCACCGACUGGAGGCAUGACCCAGCAAGAGGAGAAGACCAUAGCCAAUGACGAUUCUCAAGAUGUCUGCGAGACUAGGAAAUUUCAGAGUACCAAAGUUUACAUUAAGCCAUCAAAUGCCCUUCAAGUGCCCUUGGUUGGUACUGGAGAUACCAGUAUGCAACACGGUGGUGAUCCGUUAGAAGCCAGUUCCGAGGCAAGGGAUCUUCAAAGUGGACGUCUGAAUGAUGUUCUUACCAGUGUUUCUUCAGUUAAUUCUACUAAAGAAAUGAUUUUACAAACUGACCGUGUAGAGUCCUGCUAUAGCACCUCUCCAAACUAUGAUGGACAAGCUCAACCGGAUCCUUCUCUGAUGUAUACAAGAAGUAAGGAAUCGAGUAAUCAUGUAGCUUUUGAGAGCAUGGUUUCGUAUGAAAAUGAAGUCCAGGAAUUCCAGGGUGGACUGGUGCAAACCGGUGACGUAGCAAAAACAGACCAACUAAAGGAUGAAGCAAUUUUGAAGCGUCUCUCAGAGCAUACAAAUUCAAGUCACGCAAGCAGCAGCUCGGUUGAGAGCGAGGUCCAGCCGCUUCUUAAACCUCCCAGUAUUGCAACAACAAACAGAAAAGCCCUGGCACUCCUAGGUCUGUGUGAAAAUCCAAGAACAUUUGUCAACCGCGACUCGCUCACAAAAAUCGACCGGUACUUUGUGUUUCCAGGUGCAGCUGAUUACAUCACUAUUGACGGCCGACUGAGUUCCCUAAUGAUCUUACAAGCUCUGUAUAACAUCACGCGCGAGAAUCCUUCCGCAUUAAUCAGUGACAUGACUCUCACCAUUCUGCAGCAGUUGGUUACGAUUCAUCAAAACAAGAAGUCCAAGAAACGAGGCAGUUCUAUCGAGGUCGAUGAUCGUACUGUUGCUGAAACACAGGCUGUGGGAUUCCGAAGCCCUCAUUCCGACAAUAUCCUUGGUAGACUGCGCGCUAGCUUCUACGGAAGGCCUCCAAGUUUCCUCAGUCUAGCAAUGGGAUGUCUAGUCAGUGUCGUCAAAGCCUUAGGAUGUCCUUUGGGAUGCGGAGAUGGCUGCCGAGGGAACUCUGGUGAUCGACUUCGAAACACAACAAACAAGCUCCUGACUCAACUCCUUCGCAGUGAAGAAGCUGCAUUCAAAUUGUGGCUCCAGCAAUAUGCGAGAUUAGAACCUCACGAAGACUUGGUGGACUUCUUUCAUGCCCUGUUGGGCUUCUGCGAGGAAGACCAAGAACAUUCUGAUGAUGAGAUGAUGCCUGUCGCAAACUCUGACAAACCGAUGAGAAAGAAAAGUCUUUUUUCUAUGCCAGAAGGCGUCAAUGGUGUCAUUAUUGGCAGCAUUUUUAAGAUCCUGCUCACCAGAGUGGCUGAGAUGAACUUCCUUGAACUAAAAAAUUUGACUUUUUAUGGCGAACUCCGGCAGCUUCUGAGGUUUGUAAAAGAAUCGUAUGGAAACAUAUUCUGGAAAGUUGCCUUAAGUGGACUUCGGGACUCGGCCUACAAAGAAUCGAAAGAUCAGCCAGAUGCAAGCAAAACUCCUGCGCAAGAUUCGUCCACUAAAAAAGUGUCGACUGUCAGGAAAACAUCAGUGGCUAGGAUGAAAGUUGAAAGAACUGCUACGUACAAAACUAAGCGCACUCUUUUACAGAAGCUUGUUCGGAUCACAUCAGAGAGCGCUGAUAGCAGUGGCAGCCUAACACGAAGUCUGAAGUUUUCGUCUGCUGUGGAAUCCAGUCCUUCGGAGACAGCGUUGUCUCCGAGAAGUAAAAGAAAGAUAUUCAUCCGGAAGAGGCAAAAAGCUAUGGGCACUCAAUAUUACAGUGAUGAAGACUUGCUGGACACACCAGACACUCCAUCAGAACAGCGGCCAAGCUUAAAACGCAAGCUCCUCAAGUCAAAGACUCCUAGUAGAAAGAAAUUAGAUGAUAUCUUCCCAAUAACGAAGAAAGGAGACACGACGCCAUCCACGUUGAGUGAACCUACUCUGCCCAUUGAUAUAGUUGUUCAUGAGUUUGAAACUAAACCUGUCGAUGUGGAAGCACUAAGGUCUGGUAUGGUCAGGUUUCGAUUUCUCCUUCAUGGUGGUCAGCCGGGUUCCAUACCAGAUCCAAAGAUUUUGGCUUCCAUGCUGGACUUGGAAGCACCAGCUGUGGCUAGAGCAUGUCUCUUGUUGGAGUGUUGCGUCCUUGUUCAUAGAUGCAACCAAGGCGAAUGGCCGCAGUGGUUACGAGGCAGUCUUCCAUCUCUUGCUCAUCGUCGAGGUGGAGUCUCAUCAACUUCUGCCACACCAUUCAUGUUCGCUCAGCGCCGUAACCUCGUUGCCAUGCACGAAGCUGGUGUCCUGUUCCGUGAAUGGGGUGUUGCUUUGGGCAAGAAACUGGAGCAGGUGUUGGCAAAAAAGAGGAGACAUUUGCUGCCGUCCAUCGACGAAGAGGGUGGGAAGACUGUCCUUACAGACAUGGAUGAAAUGGAGGAAGACUUCCUGGACGAAGCCACUUUGAAUGAUUCAGUGAAAGUGUGUCCUUACCCUCUGUUGAUGAUCGCCUGCCAGCUCCUGCUGGAAAUCACCGCCUUCUUACGGGAAAGCCAUGGUCUUUACUCGGUCAGCAAACCUGCAGGUAGACCCUUACAUCGUUAUAAUAUUCAAAGGAGACGCCAGAGUGUGACAAGUCAUCGACGGUCUAUGGCAUUUUCUCCCGAAAUGCAUCAGCGUCGUUUGAGUAGUAUCAUUGGUGGAGGAGGAGAACGAAUACGGCGAGCCAGUGCUUGGAGUCAGUCUUCUUUACAGACUGAUUUCCCAUCCAGUCCAAGUCGAACCUUGCAAGAACCACCCAUGAUUACAGUCUCAGGGACUGAUACGAACGCUAACAACCCAGACACAGAUCAAGAAGGAAAGAAAGAAAGACGCGAUAGUGUAGACCGAACGCGGAAUCGCCACAGUUUGUACUUCCCACGGGUCAGUAUUCAGAACUCACCUAAGACAGCGAAGCGGAUAGCCAAGCGUGGUGGGAUCGGAGGGGAGGGUGAGUCGGUGAGGUUCAGAUCAAAAUCCACCAAGUGUGACGCUAAGCAUCUCAGUGUGGACGCGACGAUGCUUGACGACGAUGACGAGUCGGACGAUGAAGAUCUAACUCUGAAUUUACCCUGGUUAAAUGCCGUGAUUCAGCUGAACAGCUCAACCGCGUUCCUGUGUGAUCACCAAGGAGUUUGUCCUGUUAAUUGUCACCAGCGGCAAAGCCGAAGCUGCACACGGAUGGUGAAAUCGCUGAAGGCAGUUUACAGCACUUUGAACAAGAACGACAAAGCUUCCGACAAGCAGCCAGGCAGAGCGCAUGGCAUUCAUGGCAGUCCGCUGAUCAGUGCACCGCAAGUUGGUUCUGUGGAACAGGCAACAAAGAAGGAUAAGGAGGACACAGAAAUGAUACAAUAUAUAUCAUCAAGCCUCGCAAGUUUGACUCAUUGUCCAUUCUCAGUAAUUGCCAAGGCGGGUACAGUCAUCGAAAAAAGCCACCUGAUGGAUACCUUGCCUGUAGUCUGGGAACUGUUGCUUGAUGAAGAUCAACAACUGGUAUCCUCUGCUGCUUCAGUCUUUCUUUUGACUGGAAUACGUCUGCGGGACACGGUGGAGCAGAUGUUACACAAAGAACUGACUUGCACUGAUGCCAAUGAAAGAGUCAAGUCUCUCCAGAGAUUUGAGGUUUUGUGGCAAUCCAGGUAUCAUGCUUGGCCUAGACUUGAGGAAGGAGCAAGACUAAUUCUAAAGGUUCCGCCACCUAAAGUCGACUUCACCCUCCCCUCCCCUGCCGUUGGUAUGCCUUCAAGUCACCCCCCUGACUGCCCUUGGGAUGCAACUCUAAUCCUGGAAGAGCAGCAGGACAAAAAGAACCGAGAUAAGAGAAAGAUCCGCGACAAUAGCAACGCUUUGAAGAAGCAACAAGAGCGAUCUGAGUUCUUAUUGCGAGCUAUUCCGGUGUCAAUGGAGACAACAGUUGGUGUAAAUGUUGCAGAGGAUGAAAAAGAGAAGGAUUCUCGCAUGGACGUUUGGCAUUACCACUUGGAAGGGACAGGAAACUCACAAGAUGUGACGGGAGAAGAUGAAGGUGAAAGUCAACAAGUAGAAGCUGAGUUAUGGCCGCAAGCUGUGUCAUCAGCCAUUCCUGACAUCAUCAAAAUGAUGGAUGACGUACUAGUGGAUAGUGACAAAAUAGCUGUGAUGGAAGUCGCCCGUCGUCUGGUCUGGAGGUGCUUAGUGGAUGAUCCAGUUCUUUUCUUUAGAAUUAUUUUGGAACAAGUGACUAAGAGGGACAAACAGGAGGAACACAUCUCUCUUCUAAGGAAGCUGCUUCUUUACAUCACAGAGCUGCCACAAGCAUCGUCUAGAUUUCUUAUAAACAAUCUGAUCGGUGUUGCCAUGUAUUAUGCUAGAACUAACAAGCCUGGUUCCCAGGACUCGCUUGCCUUGGUGUUGUCGCUGCUCUGGCAGGCCGUGCCAAGCGUGCGGGGAUUUUUGUUCAAAGAUCUCAAGCAGUGUCUACGGAAAGAACAUUGCGAUAAUGCCUUACGUAUCAGCUCGAACGUUCCUGGCGCUAAGAAACUUUGCGUGAUUCUUCCCGAUCAAGACAACGAUGAAGAGGAGAAAGACCAGGAGAAAACCAAAGAAACAGUUCCCGUUCAUGAUGAAAUGACAUUUGGCAAGGUCCUAGAAGCGUUUAAGUCACGGUACCAAGACUCUGGCAGUGAAGGGAAAGAGUUGUAUCUCAUUGACAAGAAAUCAGAUCAGAUACUCGAGGAGAGAGACCAUGUACGAGAUGUGUACACUCACCGCAAGGGAUUUCCAAGUCCCAUGUUGAUGUUGGACUUUUUAGAUCAAGAAUUGGCGUUUAACAAAAGACAAUCACAGGCGUUUACAAACAAGAUCGCUGAGAUUGGACGAGUCCUUCUGUCGUCAUCCAUACUUAACGCGUUACCCAAUCAGAAACACAUCUCUUUUCUUCACGGAGAGUUUAGUCGUCAAAUUUCAUUUCCACGAAAAGCUCUUGAUUGUGAUUUUUCUCUUUAUGCUGGUGGCACCAAGGGAUCAUUUGCGAUGAAGCAGUUCUACAUUUUGCACCAAAAGCCGUGUCUGCUACAGCUCUUUGCCAGUGUAGCACCGAUACUUCUUGUAGAGACGAGGUCCGAUGCAAAUGAGGAUGAAGCAGAUGAUGAAGAUCUUUCUGGCAAAAUCCCUCCCAAAUGCCUGUUUAAUCUGCUGACAUCAUUAGACAAACCGUCACCUGACAGUCUUGAGGUGUUAGACCUGGUGCGAGCCGAGAAGCCGCUGAAACCAAUGGAUUCAUGUUACGAAUCGUCAAAUGACCCUCCUGGUGUUAGUCAAAUUGACACCGCAGUCCGCCUGUGCGUUACCGUCGUGAAUUUCGCGCCGGAAUCAAAGAGAGCUGUACAAAUGGUGGUGGUACUGUCUGCCAUUUUGCCACACUACCUAAAUUACCUCAGAACAGAUAGCAGUGCUCCUGAUAGUGAAGAAAAACUGAAAGCAGAGCUGACGGGGCUCACCUCUCUUGUCACCUCCAUAAACGUUUUGAUUAAGAGUUCAGAAGUACUGACAAGGUCGUUCGUGCACUUUCAGAGCUACAAGGCAUUUUCAGAUAAGUCUGGUAUCUUUCCUGAUCUGGCUUCCACUACGUCACUGAUGUUAGGUCGAGGAAGCAUCAGCAGCACAGAGGCACCAAGCGCAGCUGACGAAGGGGAGCUAGGGAAGCGUCCGUUCCUGGAGAGACUGCGGGCUCAGGAAGAGAAAGAUGAGGUAAUGCAGGCAUUAGAGGAGUACCGGAAGCCAAGAGAUGCGCUGUUGAUACUUGUGUCAGACUUCAUCCGAAUUUGUGCGCCACGACUUGAGGAGCUGGAGACGGCUUCACUUCCACCAAGAUACACUGUCCCAGAGUUACUUCAAAGCAUCAGUAUCAAUACCCUCGCACAGAUUGUCUACUCUUUGUUGAAGCUGGCAGUUUACGACCACGUGACCCUGUCUUGUCUUGGAGUGAAACGGUACAUGACAGAUGCCUUACCGCUUUUGAAAGGUUCUCCAGAAGCCCUGGAAGCUUCGAUGUUACUCAUUCUUAAGAGAGUCGACAAAAUGUUCGAGAAGCUAGUCAACAAGCCUGACCUGAUGAGGUGCAUCGACUGGAAAUCUCUGGAGGUUUAUCUUAAAG